AUGGAGGGGGAAGGGUAUGUUCCUGUCAGGAAGCUUGUUCUUCACGAUGCGGAAGAGGACGAGAAGAGGCAGGCGUUAUGCGGGCACAGUGAGAGACUCGCGAUAGCAUUCGGGUUGUUAAAUACGAAGACGGGGACAUCUCUGCAGGUCAUGAAGAACCUCCGGGUUUGCGGAGAUUGCCACACGGCGAUCAAGUAUAUCUCGAAGAUUACGCAGAGGGAGCUUCUGGUCAGGGACGCCAAUCGUUUCCACCUGUUCAAGGAUGGGGCCUGCAGUUGCGGUGAUCGGUGGUGAAGAUUGGAGACGAUGAGUUGCUGUGAAAAGUUCGUGUUCUGAUAAUUUGAUUGAUUAUGCAGUAAAAAAUGUUGUGCGCAAAAGGAUGGCAAGCUUUUUUGAGAACCGGCAAAGGACUGAAUUCUGAUGUCGGAUGGAAGAGUUUACUUAUUCGUAAUGGCUCAUUAUUGCUUCCUCGAACAAAGUUUUGUGGCGGAAUAUGACAAAGAUUACACAGAGUAGCACCCAUAGAGAGGAUAGUUCUCGGAGAUACAUGUAGAGGGGCCAUCCUGCGUCAGGCUUUCCCCGUUUAUUCUCAGGACAUGUUGGAGCAGAAGUUGCGGAUGAUCCAGGAGAGCCGUGAACCCUAAUUAGGAGGCUUCAAGGUCGCAAAGAAGGCGACGAGUUUCUCUCUGGGAGGCCGAGUUUCCUUGACCACAUCGCAGCUCGAGAAAUCUCUGACCCAUCUGCACAGUCUGGGGUAGUUCUCCUCUUCCAGCAAGCGUAUCCUGGCCAUCUCCUGCAGAACUUCCAUCCAGGGAGUGAGGAACGAGACGACGAUGUCCACGAAGCCGAUGGUGUCACCCCCGAAGAAUUUCUUCCCUUCUAGAGCAGUCUCCAGGGUUCUCAGGCGUUCCCCUGCCUCCGAUAUGCACUUCUGCUGCUCCUCGCCCCGGGUCCAGCAAGCCCGCCACAGAAUCUCCAAGCACUGUCGGCAACAGCGAGCAGGUGGCGUCAACCGAUGA